AUGAGCCUCACAUCGGAUAUGGAAGAAAUCUCGAUAGAGCUGGGCAGCGACCACGACUCUCUGUAUGACGACUCUAUAUUCGAAGAGGCCGACGACGAUGACGACGACUUUGUCUUUUCGAGCAAGUCUGUUCCGCUCGUCAAGGAAUUGAUGAAGCGUCUUCUCAAAGUGUACGGCAGUUUGAAAGAGAAGAGCACAGCUGUGGAGAACGAGAUUGCAGGUGCAAUUAGCUCUACCAAUGAAGAGGAGGCCGCCCCCACACCAGCUCUCAGUAGCAGCGCCAUCGCCGAGCGCGAAAACACGCUGCGGAGUCUACUUAAGCUGCAAGAGUUAUAUGGCUUCUUGUGGGCAAGGCUACUGUGUGUACUGGAUGAGGAAAAUGAGCGCUGCUCAGACUCCUACAUGACAACGCUGAACAUGCAGGACCGGGUGCCCUUCGAGUCACUUGCUCAUGCAAUCCACCACAAUACUGUUUUCUGUGAUCACAUGGGCGAAGUCCUUGGCCUCAACUACGAGCAGCAGCUCAACAGGGAGGAAACGAGGAACGCUGUAGGUCGCGAUCUACUUCUUGAAUUUUACACCCGAAUGGAGCGCACACAGUGCACUGCCUCGCACUGCGCGCUAUUGGUCGUAGAGGGCUCGCGCGAGAGCUUCCUUGAUCCGAUCUCUAUGUACGACUUGUGUAAGGCACUCGCUACGGAAAAGAACCCUCGCAAGAGGCUUGUUCCGCUAUCGCUCAUGUUCAGCAUGCUCGAUCAAGACGAGCAAACUGUAUCGGAAGCGCUAGCACAGAAUAUGCCGAAAGUGCUGCUGCAGCGCUUUCGCCACUGGGUUCACCAGCUAUAUGGGUACUUCCCGCUUCACAGGGAAACCACGUUAACUUCGCGCUCCCAGAGAAGGUCCCCGCAGCGGUACCGGUCGGCCGCCGUGGCCAGCGACAUGGACUCACACCCCACCUCGCCCCAGUCCUCGCCAAGCCGAUCCCCUCUUUUGACGCAGCAGCGAGUGCAAGAAGUGGCAAUGGGUGAAGCGAGCGAAGCCUCGCCGGUGGUUAAAACUGCCCCAGACUCGCCGUUGCCGCGCUCUGCUGAACCAACUUUCACAGCCGAGGCCUCGCCUCCCGAACCUACAGGGAAUGGUGUGCGGAAGCGGCAACGGCUGGACCGGAGUGUGACGCCGCAGGGCACUAAGAAUGCGCGCCACGAAGGUCCCGCGGAGGUAGAGCUAUACUUCGAUGGAUGGAUUCCGAAAGCCGGAGACCGAGUUGGACGUGGCCCAGGCUGGAAAAGCGGCCAGCAAGGAAAAGGGUGCGACUACGGUGUUGUGGAGGGGUGCACAGAGGACGAGGUGCUUGUGCGCUGGAUUCCGAGCCUGGAUCAGUCAGCGGCAGGGGACCAAGACCGUCUUUUUCUGUACCAGUUUGGCCCGCCGCACUACGAGGUAGUUUCAUGGGAAACGUACCUGCGUGUGAAAACGCUGAAUGUGACGCGGGCGGACAUCCGGAUGCUGGAACUGCUUCAGAUCGGUAUCGUGGCCGGUAUUCUGUGUCAGCAGAGUGAUGCCAUUCUUCCUACUUUGCAGUUUCAGACGAUUGAGUCUGCGCUCAAGGUGCUGGACUCCAUCGACAUCCGUGCCCGAUUUCUUGAGAACGAGCAAGCGCGCGAAGCUGCAGAGCGCUCAGUGCGCCAAACACUCGCCGAAUACAACGCAAACGAAUCCACGCAAGAAAUGGUGAGCAGUCUCCUGCAGUGGGAUGUGAACCUCAUUUCGACGAAACGCUGCUACCGCCUGGAGCGUGAGAUGCUGGCCCGCAUUGGGUGGGUGCUCAGUGCGAUCCUAUCCCACAAGAAGCUGGCGUUUCUCUUCCUAGAUGCGGACGGUGUGAGCCGUAUUCUGCGUCUGGUACAGGGCAAGUUGGAGGUGUACACGACGUACGGUUGUGCCAUCGUCCUUUCCCAUCUGGCCAAAACUGCGGUGUUUGAGGAGCUGCUACGACGCCAAAGGAGCUAUUUCGAGCCGAUCAUGCAGUUCAUCAUCGACCAGUGGAAGCACACAACAAACAGUGAUGUGCAGAGCAGUGUGGGUGCGUUUCUUUUCCACUCGCUGAGCUUUCCUAUCGUGAUAGACUACUUUGAAGCCGAAAACGGGCCAAUGGAAUCGAUCGAGGCGUUGGAACGGUGUCUCAAGAUUUCGGAAGAGCAGUUCGACGUGAUGCACGGUGACUUGCUCCUCGCACUGCUGCGAUGCCUCAACAUCUACCUCGUGACGCACUUGAUGCUCUCCACCAAGGUCAUCUUCCGGAAGCACCGGGUACUGUCGGCGCUGGUGACACAGUCGUCACGCAUCACGUCCCUUCCACGGGAUCCACCAACAGUGGACGCAAUCCUUGGCUUCCUAGCCGCGCCGUCGCCUGGGCUUCCUGGAGUGUCGGCCGAAAACGUGCAGAGUCUGCUGACAGCGGAGCGGCUUGGCGCUAUCCAGCAGCUCGUAGACAAAGGCAUGCACACGCUCCUUCUGCGCUGUGCCAAUUUCUUCUUUGUUCAAAGUCGGUGGGACCUCCUCAUCGCGUCGCUGCAGGCGCUGUGCGCACUGACUGUUAUCCCGUAUGUGCGGCCGCUGAUAGCCGAAGUGCGCUCGCAUGAGUCUGGAAUAGCGCAGCUUCUGGCCAUUGUCAACGAUCUUGCCGUGUCGUACCAGAACCGCAACACCUCCCGUGAGGGGCACCUUCUCCCGUGCGUGGUGGCGGCGCUUCAGAUCCUCAUCCACAUUACAAACCCACCAGCGGACGUGGCGGAUGAAAGCGCUGUUGCGAACUUCAACAACGCCUGCGGCGCCUUUCGUGCUAGUGACGGCGUGCGAGCGCUCUUGGAGGUGCUCAAAAUUCGAAAGGAUGCUUCCAUGUCGGCAAAGCUCAACUACUUCCCCGUGGUGGCGCGGGCGGUGCAGUUGAUGGCGGUGCUCCGGCGAUACAGCGACACGGCGGCUCUUUUCGAAGCGCUCAACAUACGAACACUGGCGCAGGACCUGUCCGCCCAGUACAGCGAUGUUCAACGUGAGUUCAUCUCCGUUGUCGGGGCCCGAAAGCUGCCAACAGAGCUUGGCCCGGCUGGGCACUUCAUGGACAACCUCAAGUCAUUCAUGCCCAGCGCCUUUGGCGGCGUGAGCCAGGCCGAUGUCGUGAAGGUUCACGCCGUCGAUCCUCUGGAGAUGGAGCAGCGGCAAGCCAUUAUCGGCCGCGCGGUGGUGGACUACUCUAAAGAGUCACUGCUCCAGCUCAUCGCAGAGCACCUGGACAGCGAAGGUCUCGCCGCGGCAGCGGCGACGCUGCGGAGCGAGAGUGGCAUCAAAUCAUCCCCCGCCACAGGUGCGCCAUACAACGACGGUGCCACCGCCACCUCGAUGUCGAUCAGCGAUGCGGCCGCCAAGGGGCCGACACCUUCGCUCGACGGAGUCAUACGGUCGUACCUGCGCCAACAACAGGAGCGCUGUCCAAACCCCAUUGAAACCCUUCCGCAGUUUGACCUGACGAAGAAGCACGUAUACCUGCCGCUGCCCAUGCCUCUGGAUGACACGCGGAACGAGUUCAACCGCCUGCUGCGGCGCCGCUGCGGUGGCAAGUUUACGCUGCGCACCCAAACAAAUGCCAACUGGCUCACAUACCGCUACCCGGCGUUUAUGUUCGAUAUCACGGGGAGUGGAGAGGAGCUGCAAGGGGAGAGCGUGGCGUUCUGCGAUGGUGGUGACUCCAUCGUGAUUGGAACCUCUGAGGGCUCCGUGGCUCUCUUCGACACCUUCCCUGAGGAGACGCAGGACGAGAAGCUGCUCGAGCAGCACCUGGUCUUCGAGAACGAGGCCAUCUCAGCUGUUGUCGUGUCCGACGACGGCAGCCUCAUCGCAGCCAUCAAUGACUCUCACAAGGCUCACGUGAUGCGCCGCAGCCUCCUGCCAGUGGCGCAGCAGGAGCUGACGGAGUGCCGCACGCUGCGCUUUUCGCGCGACAAUCGACUCGCCGUCGUCACAAGUGAGGAGGAGCAUGCCUGUCGUGUACACGACCUUGUCACCGGAGUCGAGUUGCGCACCCUCUCAGACCCAAUUUGGACAGGUGAGAACAUGGCAAACGUGGCCCUGUUCGACUAUACCUCGCAGCUGGUGUUGAACGACGCCAUCCUGUGGGACCUGCGGACGCCCGAGAAGCCGAUCUUCCGUUUCGACCGCAUCACCGAGUCAUUCGCGAGCGUCUUCCACCCCAAAUUGCCUCUAGUCAUCAUCGACGAAAAAGUGUGGGACAUGCGAACAUGGCGCAUGAUGCAGACAGUCCCGUCGUUUCAGAAGACGACGAGCUUCCAUUGCUCGAAGGCGGGCCGAGUGUUGUACAGUUUCCGCGAGGCCUCUCGUAUCUCCGGCACGCACCUCCCCAUCGUCUCGGCAGUGGACAGCUACACCCUCGACAGCGUCUUCUCCGAGGAGGUGCGGCCCUCCUUCAAGUCCUUCGCGGUUGACCCCUCCGACCGCUACUGCGCCGCUAUUCUCGACCAAGACAUUGAUUCCGUUAUCCGGCUCUUCAGUCUCUCCGCCGGCCCAUACCCGGAUCACGGCGCCUUUGCCUCACCCGCCGUGCAGGAAGAGCAAGACAGCGCGAUGGGCGCCGAUGAAGAGGAGGAGAUGGAGCAGUGGUCGAUAGAGGAUGACGACUACGACACGGACGACUCGACGGACAGCAACGAUGACGAGUUCGAGGAAGAUGAAGAUGACGACAGCUACGACGACGAGGAUGUGGACGAGGAGUCCGAGGAAUGGGAAGAGGAAGAGGAGAGCAGCCCCGGGACGGGAUCGGGUUCUGACGAGCAGGAAGGCACCCAGGCGUCAUCUCGGCACGCCAGCUAG